AAUCUUUUGGCGCGCCGGCGCGCCUUCUGAGCUGAGAAUAAUGUCUGUUACAACUGACAGGUCUAAGUUGGGUUUGAUCGUUUGGCCAUAGUUUGGCUGAAUUCUUGUGAAAAUAAAUCCCAUUUUUAAUAAGUUACUAUUGGUAUCUGCAAAGUGGACUGCAGUGCAUCAUUGACUAAUGAUUGGAAUUAUGAACACCCAAUCUCCAAAGGCCACUGACGGCCAGAACAUGGAUGAGGAUGAUCUCAGCCUCAAGUUGCCGUCCAGUUUUGCUUCAAAGAAUUCAUCACUGAUAACAUCCUUCUUCAAACCCAAAACACCUAAGCAGUCAACUGAAAGUCCUCUAGAUAAUCUCAUACGAGGAGAUGAUGGUGGCUGUCCCAAAACGAGCCAAAGAGAUAUCCCAAGUGAUGAUCCUUCUUGCAGCGAGAUAAAAAAUACCUCAGAAGUGAAUGCGUCUAGUUAUUGUCAAAGGUCAAAGGUCCAUCCCGAGGAAAAGAAACAUGAUGGUGGGCUCCAUGAACCCUGUAUAAAUGCAGCAAAACAGGCAAGCAGUUGCAAAGCCAUUGUACAACAGGACAAGCUCAAAUCCGGUCACACAUGUAAAUCUAAUGAUUCAAAAAGUAGGUUGAAGCAAGAAUGCAAUAAGCCUCUCAAAGCUGCUCAGAUUCAAGGUGUUGACUGCUUUGGAACUAAAAGUGAAAAUAAUGCCACAGGUGACCCCUCAAGAAGUACCAGCAAGGCCAGUGGAUGUGGCAAAUUCUCCAAAAAGCGCAAGAAAAAUGCGGAUCAGGACUCCAGUUCUGAUGACUUUGAAUUUGAUAAAAGGACCAAAAUGGCCAAAAAGGAGCUCCCGGAAGUUGACACUAAGAAAAGAAUAGUGCUGGAUGAAGCUCCGGAGUCUAAGGUCAUGGAAUCAGGUGAACAGGACAGUGAUGCUGCCUCAACUUGCUCCGAUGAUGACAUCUUUGAGGUUGUUGAGCUACCUGGUCACCCAAAAGUAAUCUCGUACCAAGACUUUCUCAACGAAUCCAGGGGGGAGAAUCAAGAUGAAGAAACUGAUCUUGCUGGUCAGUCUGAAAAUAGAAUGAAAAAUAGCAGUGGGAAACCCUUUCAGAAUGAUGCAGAAGUGGCUGCAAAAGACAAGAAAUUGAACCCAAAGAAAUCUGCCCAAGCAGAAAAGAAAACCUCCCAAACUGUCAAGAAGCCAAAGAAGUCUAAUCCAACUACCAAAACUGAGGAUGUGUCUACUGAAACAGUGUUAAGUGCCAUGCAAGAGAAGGCACGUGGUCAGAAGGGAAGAAGAGGAGAACAGAAAUCUGACAAUUGUCUUCCAGAUGACGAUAGCGUGCUUACCAUUUCGUACUCAGACUUUCUUGAAGCCAAAUCUGUUGAUCAGUCAGAAAAAAAACCCUCUCCAUUACCACUCACAAAUCUGAAACAGAAAGUGGUCACCAUUGAAGCCGAGGUGCACUCUCCGCCUUGCAGUAAGCCCCCAAAUUCUGUGAUUUCUCCCAUUACUGUUGAUUUGUGCCAGUCCCCAGAGAACCAGCAGACACCUGUCACAAAGAAGAGGACUUCAAAUGUCGUUGUGAAUGUAUCCGAUCUUGAUCUGAUGAUUAUCAGUACGGAUGAUGCUUCAGCAGCAUUCGAUAACAGGAAGACUAAGACAUUGUAUAGCAUCUUCCAAAAGAAAGGAACCACGGAGAAACUAAAACAAACAGAAUGUAAAGCUCUGAAGGAGGAAGAACCUACCGAGAAAUUCAAAGAUGCCCAUAAAGUAUCUGAUGUUAAACCCAAAUGUGGCAGGCCAAGAAAACAGCUUAAAAGUUUAGAUCUCAAUUCAGAAAUUAAAGCUAAGACUUCAACAAGAGAGGCUGAUGGCAGUUUGAAAGUGCAUCCAAAGACCCAAAACAGCAGACGGGCAAAGAAAACACUGAAGAACAUUUUUGACAGCCAGUGGGCAGAGAAUACUGAAGAGGAGUUUGAAGAAGACAUUACUAAAAAGGGCAAAGAAGCCACAAACAGAAAGAGAGGAAAAGCAAAGAGAUUUGGUAGCAGCAGUGGAGAUCGAGAGGAGUCAAGGGGAUGCAAAAAGACCUCCCAGCUGGUGGACGUGGUUGUCAUGACAUCAACUCCCAAAGCAAAGAUUAUCAAGAAUGUCAAAGCCCAGCAGUUACUGAGGAGAGCCAAAUCUCGACAGAUGAACAAAGCAUCCUCACUCCCAUCACACACCAAAGACAGCAAACGGAAUGCGCAAGGAGCUAAAGGAGCAUCAGAGACGAACUGCAGACUUGACUUGUCGACAUCACAGAGGCCAAAACCUGGAUCAACAGAUCAAGCCAGGAAGCCAAGGGAUCUGACAAAUGUUUUAGGAAGGAGAAUCUCCCCGAAAGAGGUGGCUAAUGAUGGGAUAAAAAAAGAGAAGAUGAAAAAAGGUGUGGCAUCGAGGAAGGCAGUCAUGGAAGAGGUUCAAGAGAGGAAAGCAACCAAAUUGGCACCAAUGUUUACUAAAGAAGGCCGCCUAGCCCUUGCCAAAAAGCAGCAGUCCCUGGAUGGACAGACCAGUCAUACUAGCCCUGUGGUCAUCCUUGACGAAGAUGAAACAAGCCGUGACAGCGUACGCAGUGAUGGCGGAGCCAUCAUGGGAGGAACUUUCAAGCAUACAUAUAUGAGCGAUACGUUUGUGAGAAGCAGGGAUUCUGAGGCGGAGCGAUCUUACCCACCAUUUCCCACUGUCAGUCAUGUUCUUCAGAUGGUUCCAGAGGUUGAAGGAAGCGCGGACUGGUGGAAACUGCCUUCCCCGUGCAGUUAUGGGAAAUUCCUGAUUGCAGAAGGAAAGCGUACAUCAUUCUUUGACAAAAAUUUGAAGACAGUGGAUCGCUUAAUGAGACUUGGAGAAUUUACCAGGUGCUUCCAGGGAGGAGAGAUAACCCUGUUAUUCAAGAACUUUACUGGCCAUCCAGAACUAAGCCAUGACACCCAGAGGUUGAUCUUGGAUCAGAUUAAAUCGGCCAAUCCCCGAUUCCCAGUCAACAGGGUCUUCAAGCGAUAUCUAGCCAAAAGGAAAGGAGAACCGUUGGUACCCAAACCAGCACAAGCACUGGAGGCCAAAAGCAGCCCAAACGCCAACUCCAGUUUCACCAAGCUGAAGGAACAAAAACCUGCUGGUAAACGGAAGUCGGAGGUCACAGAGAGGCAAGGCAACACCAAGAGGAGGAAGCUUACUCAAGAGGGGUCUGCUGAGAACCAGGAGGCUGAGUCUGUCGGGAAGAGUCGGCUCAGGAGACGGAGCAGCAGACAGGUCAUAAAAGAUGAUGAGGAUGAAGAGACAGAGGAUGCAAGGGAACAACCCAAGCUGAGGAGAAGCUCCAGACACUUAGAGCAAGCCAGCAAGAAGGAGGGUGGAGUCACAGACCCUAAAGAGGGGAGGACACAAAGGAUGAAACCCGCAGCCAAGGCGGAGGCGGAGAAAGAUGGAAAGAAAGAAGGGCUCAAAGCAGAAGCUGCCAAGAUUGUGGAGACUAAGGCUGAGAAACUCGCCAGUUUACCAUGGACAGAGAAAUACCAACCUGUUUCGAGUGCCGAGGUUAUCGGGAAUGCACAGGCUAUGAGACGGCUAACUGGGUGGCUGACAGAAUGGAAGAAGAAAACGGCAAGGAUCAAGAAAAAAAUGAAGAGGCAACAAGGGCAGCAUCAGAACAAGACACUGUCAGCCUUGCCACUCGAAGAAAGUGACAGUGACUUUGACCUGGGAAGUGAGAGUGACAACAGUGACAGUGAAGAUGACGAUGACUCCCUGAGUAACGCCAUGCUCAUCAUUGGGCCCUGUGGUUGUGGCAAGACAGCUGCUGUGUAUGCUUGUGCUAAGGAACUUGGCUUCAAGGUAUUUGAGGUGAACGCAUCAUCUAAACGCACCGGUAAGCAGAUACUGGCUGACCUCGGAGAGGCCACCCAGUCACACCACCUGUCUGCGCAUGACCAUGGCAACAGCAGCGGCGCCCUCAAGAGCUUCUUCCCUGCCAAGUCUCCUCCAAAGUCUUCGACCAAGCCAGAGGCAAAAAAGAUGCCCAUCCCAAAAGCCUUUGCGGCAUUUUACAAAGCUGGAGCAAAUGCAGCAGCAGCCAAGCCGGGUAGGAAGAAGGUCAAAGCUCCUCCCAAAAAGAAUACCCCAAAAUCUGAGGUCCAUCAGGUUAAAUCCAGGACCCUCAGCACCUCCCGGCUGCAGCAGUCUUCCGCAGUUGUGUCUGGUGGACAUAAGGAUAGUACAGCAGUGCAGAGGUUGACCAGUACCUCACUUAUUCUGUUUGAGGAUGUUGAUGUUGUUUUUGAGGAGGACAAAGGUUUCCUGUCUGCCAUUGCCACCUUCCUGAAGACCACCAAGAGACCAAUUGUACUCACCACCUCAGAUAGCAGCUUUCCUGAUAUGUUUGAGGAGCGAUACGAAAUGGUGACAUUCCGUAAACCGCCCUCUUUGCAGCUAACCACCCAUCUUCAGCUGCUGUGCCUGGCAGAGAAUGUCUGUGCGUCCCAUGCUGACCUCCACCGUCUUGUGUUGCUCCUCAACAGCGAUGUCAGACGCUGCUGGCUGGCUGGACAGUUCUGGGUAAACUCGGGAGCUGCACAGGAAUCAAGAACUGGGGAGUUGGGAAUUUUGAAUCAAGCAAAACUGGAGAGUAAAGCUCCAGGCGAUAGGCAAAACAUGGAAAGAAGUGCAGCAGUUCUCGGCCGUCGUUGUGGGGAGGUGGAAAGUGGAGAUUGUUUGGCAGAAAAUGAUGGUCAUGCACAACUGAGAAUGCAUAACAAUUGUUUUGAGAGCACUUUGGGAUUGUGCAAUCUGUCCGAAGACAGGAGUGGUGUUUCAUCAGUGCUAAUGGGGCAAGGAAGAGAUGGACCCUGCCUUCACACAAGAUCCACAAUUACUGAAAGAUUCCAGGAAGAAAACGACACAUCUGUGUACUUCAGAAAUAUUCACACUUUACUGCCUCCAGUAAGUUUAAGGGAUAAUGGUUGUGCAAAUCAGGAAAGUUCAAUUGACCAGUCACAGUCAGAGUUGAGAGCACAGAGCACCAAUGGCAGAACUGCUCGGUUAACCCACAGAUUAGUCACCUCACUGGCUGCAUUUGCAGACGACAUCUCCUUCUUUGACGCUCACACACUCUCCCCUCGGCAUGAUGGGAAGGGUCGAGGUGACAGUGGCUGGUGGGGUGCAAAGGUCAAACCUACACUUUCACUGGAUCCUACAGAGUCAGAUGUUAAUUAUGUAAUGGAAGACAGCAGGUUAUCCAUCAGGGGUCUCCUGGAAGCAGCCAGUUUUAGCCGUUGCCAUAGCAACUAUGACAGAUCAGUCAACCAAAUCAAUCAGUUGCUGCGAGACGAUGUUAUCCAUGGCAGUGUCCAAGAACAAAAGACAACAGUGAUUGAAAACCCAGCCGAGAUUGAGCCAAGGUUGGGUCAAGAUUGCCUUAAGCUCCAUCAAGAUGAUUGUACAAAAUGUCCGGAACUUUACUCGACAUUGGUCAACAAACUACCUCUGUCCAUGCGCUGUAAUCACAGAGUUUUGGCCACUGAAUAUCUGCCGACACUACGAUGCAUCUGUAGAUCAGAGCAGAUAAGAGAGGAAAUGAAGAUCAAACGAAGAUUCCUGCACUACCUCGACUCCAUCUCCCUGAAUCUCAAGACGACAGACCACAUCUCCCUUUGCUCAAUCAUGGAAAUGAAGCAGCCGACAAGAGAAGAUAAUAAAUCAAAUGAAAACUGUGACGUAGCAUGUGAAUCAUGAUCAAGGUUGAUCCAGAGCCUCCUGAAACACAUUUCAAUUGUAAAUGGAUUUGUCUCAUUUGAGCACGCACUUUAAGUGGUCACAACUAACCAUGUCAAAUACGGAAGACAAAAAUUUUCAUUUGACGCCAAAGACAGUCUGGAUGAUUGUCAAGCAUUGGAGCCUCAGUGCUGCAAAGCUUGCAGAGCUAUGUAAAGCAGCCAUUUUUGCCCCCAAUCUAGUCACACAUUAGGCAAUUUAAAUUCUCCAAAAAAAUUUCCUGCAGAAAUACAUGCCGAGUGACAUCAAAGCUGUCGCAAAAGAAACACAUUUCCUGUUGUGCUAGAGUUUGUCCCUUUCACAGGGAUGUGAGAUGUCUGCCCCGGUGAGUGGUCUUGUUAAUAUUGACAGUGUUUGUUCACAGGCAGGAAGGAGAGUACAUGCAUAUGGGAAAACAAGAUAGAUUGGAUGUUUUUCAACUCUGUCCAAAAUGAGAUUUCAUUGUGAGGUUUAAUCAGGAUCGUCUGAGGAGAGAAUGCACCAUUCUUGAAGUUUGUUCUAUAGUAAUACAUAAUCCUGUUUGAUAAAAUGAAGUUUUUCCACCGUUGAUUAGAAGAUCAGUGUUUGCACUUUGAAAUUGGUUGUAAUUAAAUUGAGACUUUGAAAAGGUUAUAUUUUUAACAAAAUUUUACUGUGCAUGCUUGCUAUAAAUUAAAUAAAUAUGAAACAAAAGUCAAAAAGUACAUGUAGUUAAUUUUCUGUUAUUAGUAAUGCAUUGAAAGGUUCAAAUAAGAAAUUUGUAUGUAAUAAUCAAAACUUUGGGGGAGAUGAGUAGAUGGGAAUCUGUGCUUUCAAAUUCUUUCCCUGAAACAACUGAGUAGCAAUUUCAUGUAGUGUUUCAUGACAGUAUUUCAAUGUGUGCCAACAGUAUCUGAUCUUUGAUUCAACCCCAAGCAACUCGGACCCAAAAAUUAAAAUGAAUUUGUUUCUUGAUGAAGA